AUGGGUCAGUGUUUUAGUACUGCGAGAUCCCAGGAUGCACGGCGGCCUAAAAAUGGCGGCGUUAAAACUUAUUUAGUGCAAGGGGCUACCGAAACGGCCUUUUCGAACAUCAUCAAAUCUGAACGGUCCCUCGAAGAUCUCAGCAUGGCCACGUCUUUUUCCAAUAUGAACCUGAAGAAUUCGAUCAAAGGGCUGGUGAGCAAAGGGAGGAAUCGCUACCAGAAGGACGGCUUCAAUCUCGAUCUGACUUACAUAACGGACAACAUAAUAGCGAUGGGCUUCCCGGCGUCGAACAUCGAAGGCGUCUACCGCAACCACAUCGACGACGUCGCCAAGCUGCUCGACCAAAAGCACCCGGACCACUACUACAUCUACAACCUGUGCUCGGAGCGCACCUACGACAAAAUCAAAUUCCACAAUCGCGUCAAGGACUUCCCCUUCGACGAUCACAAUCCCCCCAAGCUCGAUCUCAUCAAACCGUUCUGCGAGGACGUGCAACGCUGGCUCGCCCUCGACGACAAGAACGUCGCCGCCGUCCAUUGCAAGGCGGGCAAGGGCCGCACCGGCACCAUGAUAUGCUGCUAUCUGUUGCACAGCGGCCGCUUCCGGCACUCCGACGAGGCCUUGAACUACUACGGACAGCGGCGCACGCAGGACGAGAAGGGCGUGACCAUACCGAGCCAGGUGCGCUACGUGCGCUACUACGAAUCGCUGUUGCGCGAUCCGUUGCAGCGCUACCGCCCCGUCGCCGUUUAUAUCAAGGAGUUCCUGCUCGAUCCGGCGCCCAAUCUGCUCGGUCCCGGCUGUCUGACGUUCUCGGUGUCGCAGCAGCAGCGCUGCGACGGCGGCGGCGUCAAAGUGCAGAAGUUGCGGAAGAACGACGCGUUCGAGGUGCGGCGCGGCCAGUCGCCGUUCUCGAUCAAAUUGGACUAUUGCCUGCCGUUGGCGGGCGAUAUAAAGGUGGAGUUCUACCACAAGUCGAUGAUCAGGAAGGAGAAGUUGUUCCAGUUUUGGUUCAAUACGUACUUCGUGGGCGAGAAUUAUUCGGAGAACGACGGUUUGUUGUCGAACGGGAGCAACGGGUUGAAUAGGAACGAGGCCUGUUGCGUGUUGACGUUCGAUAAGAACGAAUUGGAUAUCGUCAAUAAGAAGGAUAAGCAGAAUAAGAUGUUUCAUGCGAAUUUUAAGUUGACGUUACGUCUGCAGAGGAUACCGCAACACGAGGUGCAGAAGCCGUACGAACGGCAUUCCCAGGCGCAGGAUACGCCUAGCGAAAGUUCGGCGGAUUCAUCGGACGAUUACACGAACGACGAGGAUUGGGAAUACGGCGAAGGCAAUUCGCUGUUGCCCAAACGCGAGCCCUUUGAUUGUAACAAAAGUUGA